AUGGCCACUGUGGGGCCGUUUGCUUGUGUAUUGUCGGUGUUUUUUGUCGUCCUUUCAGAGAGAUUUUCGGUGCUGGCCGGUUUCUCGCAGUCUUUGGACAGCGACUUCACGUUCACUCUGCCCGCCGGUCGCAAGGAAUGUUUCUACCAGACUAUGAAGAAAGGUGGCUCGCUGGAAAUAGAAUAUCAGGUCUUAGAUGGCCCAGGUUUGGACGUUAAUUUCGACAUCUCCUCUCCAACUGGCCAGCUAUUGUACAUUGACCAUCACAAGUCGGACGGAAUGCACACUGUGGAGACGGAGGACGGAGACUACGCGUUCUGCUUCAGCAGCGACUCGGAGAAGCUCGUUUUCUUCGAGCUCAUUCUGGACAACAUGGAGGCCGACGAGGAGCCGGAUAACUGGAAGGAGUACAUUCACGGCACGGACAUAUUGGACAUGAAGCUGGAGGACAUCAUGGACACCAUCACAAGUGUGAAGUCGCGGCUGGGCAAGAGCAUACACAUCCAGACGGCGCUGCGUGCCUUCGAAGCCCGCGACCGCAACCUGCAGGAGAGCAACUUCGACAGGGUCAACUUUUGGUCGAUGGUCAACCUGGUGGUCAUGGUGGUGGUGUCAGGUGUGCAGGUCUACAUGGUGCGCUCACUGUUCUAG